CUCUUAUCGAUCUAUCUACUACUAUCAGAUAAACAACCAUCUCCACAUCAACAACCAAGCACCACCACUACUUACUAUACACACACUGACUUGAAUCCCCCCUCAACACCGCCCCAAAAUGCCCACUCAACCCACCCCCGAAAAAAGCAAAGAAACCCUCGAAGCCAAAUCCGCCUUCAGCGCAACGCUGCUCAACAUCGGCGGCACACAUGCUUCCCCGCUCGUGGAGCGCGCGCACACCAUCACAGAGAACGCCUCCGCGCUGGAGAAGCAGCAAGCGGAGCUAGAAUCACAUACAGCUGCACUGGCGAAGCAGAAUGAGAGCUGGGAUAAGUUGGCGGGGGAGGCGAGGGACGGGUUGAAGGAAAUCGGGGACGUGCAGAAUUGGGCGGAGGUGGUGGAGAGGGAGUUGUUGGUUUUGGAGCAGACGUUGCAGUAUGUUGAGGGGGGGGAUAAUAGGGAUCAUGGUGGUGAGAAUGAUGAUGAUGAGGAAGUUAAUGGUGGGGAUGGGCUGAAUGGUAGUAUUACUAGGAAUGGGACUGGGAAGGGGAAGGGGAGUACUAAUAGUACUGAUAGUACUUCUGCUGUUGAGGAUGGAGGAGGUACUACUACCACUACCACUGGAAAUGGAAGUGGAGGAUCAUCUUGGUUUAAGUGGUGGUAGCUAUCUACUACUAGUAGUAGACAGCGUGUGAAAUCCUCUCCGCUUACAGAGUACUUGAUACAGUCUUUAUCGCCGGUCACUUGAGCUAGAACCACAGCCCAGACGGCUUUUACGAAGGACGAGAUGGUGACCGCACGGGGUGGUGUGGGCGGAGGAAUGAUUCGACGGACAUUGAGGGGAAGAUCGCUGUCUGAUCCUGAAAGGUUGAGACUGGUUAUCGCAACGUCCUGCAAAUACUGCUCCCAGAACCUGAAUGUGCGCAGGUUUGCCUACAUCUGGCGGUGCUGCACCUCUCUCCAUACCGAGAUAUGAUUCUGGAUUAUUAGAGG